AAAAAAUCAAUAAAACUUUCUCGGAAGCUGAGGCGAAGUUCUAAACUUUGUCGGCAAUGUAAAAUUCAACUAUUGCCUUUGUUAAAAAUGUUUUUAAUCAAAACGAAUUUACUAGAAAGUUUAACUGUAAUAUCUUGUAGUGGGACAAUUAUUUGUAUAUUACUAAACUGUGUCACGAAUAUUUCGCCAAUAAGCGGGGCAUGGUUCCUUGCGUAUAUUUUUAUAGUUUUUGUAAUUUCGAUAUCUUUAAGUUUUAAGUUUCUGCAAUGGGUAUUACACCUGAAUAAGCCUAUUAGGUAUGAUCUAGAAGGCUUAGUAAAAGAUUAUCCAUACCUAUCGAGUUUAAUAAGAAUUUUACCUCAGCCUGGGAAGAGGUCUAAACAAGAAUGUAAAGAGUAUGAUACAAAUGAGCUGAGUAUUAUUACGACUGUUUUGGAGAGAAAAUUAGUGUCAUCAUGGUAUGUGCAGUAUAUAUCCCAAGAAAUUGGAUUUCCAUUUGCUUGUAAGCAAUUAUUGGAUCAAAUGAUUGGAAAAUGUUUUCAGAUAUGUAAUAAAGUAGAAACAAAAGAUGUGUAUGUAGAUGUUUGUGCUAUUCUAACAAGUCAUUUAAAGGAGUACAGGAAAGCGUUAAAGCGCCAUGAUAAAUCUUCAAACGUUAGUGUUGAAUCUCUCUAUAAAAAAUCUCAUCCUAUAUCGAAUCCUGAUAAAAAUUUGACCUCAACUGAACAUUGUACUAAUGUUCUAAGAGUUGUUUUAAAGGAGUUAGUACCUUGGGAACUUUGGGACACACCUCAGUCAGAGUUACUUGUGAGGAUUCUGGCAAAUAGACUCGACAGUUUUAUUGAUAAUACAUUAACAAACCCGGCUUGGUUAAAUGAAAAACUAUUGACUUAUUUGAAAGUGCAAGAGGUGAAACAAGCAGAUAAAAAAGUUCAUGUGGAGUCGAACAAUGAAAAUGUGACGGAAGCUAAAGAGGAAACCAUUGUUGAACAAAAACCUGAAAAACCGACUGUUGAGUCUGCAUUAACCACAAUGAUAACUAAAACAACAGCACCAAUACUCCAUCGAGCUAUUAAUGAAGAGUUUACCAGUGAUAAUAUCUUACAAAUAGACCCUAUUAAUAUAAUUGAAGAAGUACCAGUAAAAUCUACAGAACCAGUUGACAUUAAAUCAUCACCAGUCAUGAGGCAAAAGCGUGGCAGACAAGGCAGGAAUGAAGUGAAGAUCUAUGAUAGAAUUAUUGAAGGUAGUGUGAAGACUUGGGAGACAGACAUUGAUUUGCAGUGCAUUAGUCUUGGACAGGACCUGCUGGCAAGCCUUGAUGGAGAAAUCACUCUCAGCCGCCUAUGGGGGCAAGAUGGUGAGCCAGAGGGUAGCCCCAACCCUCCCAGGAGCAAGUCUCCUCAACCACUUUGGUUUGGUGAAGAAGAUGCUAUAGACCUAGAGUUGGCAGAUACAAGCCCUAAGGAGCCCAGUCCGGUUCGCAAAGAGCUGAGCCCGAAGCCGACAGACGCUCUGCUAAAAGACCUCCAGACGACAGUACACCAGGCUAAGACUAAGAUCGGAGACCUACAGGUCCCCCCCAAUGUUAACAUAGAUGUGCCCCGCAAGCAAUACUCCGGUGACGAGGCGGCCGGUAUGAUGGAGGGCCUCCUGGACUUCGGCAUCGCCGGUCUGAAGAAGGGGCUGAGACUGACCGGGCUCAGUGACGACUCGCUGGAGAAGCCCUCGUCGCACACGCACAAGGAAAGGAUCGAGAGGAUAUCACCGCCGGAGGGCAGGGCGAGGGAGGCGGUACCCACUUCGGUCACACAACGAGAAGAUAAUGGUAUAAAUUCAGUUCCACCUUUGCUGAAACAACAGAGGGUCAUCUCUCAGGACAGCGUGCGCGCUGCAGACUUAACGGCAGGCUAGAUCGCGUAUUGUAAUCCAUUAAACUAGCCAUUAGCGUUUCCUAAUGUACUAUUAUCGAUAACCAAACUAUUAUACUUACUAUAUUGCUUAAAUUAAUUAUGCAAAAACAAAUUUAUUAAACUCGUUGUUGUGAGACGUCACGCCCCUCUUACCCAUAUCAGAACUUAGACAAUUGAACCUUAUGCAUGUAUAGAACGAUAUUCGUUUCAGAGGACUGUGACAUCACAGAAGUUGGCGUUUCAGCGGGAAAUUUUAAAUAUUCAAUUUAUUUUUAAAUUUUGACUUAUUUAUAUAUUUUCUAUAUAUAAAUAUUUCACGUAAAUCUAUUAAAUAAAAAUAUAUAAAAAAGUUGUCUACACCCAUAUUGCCGCUGGCUCAUGAACCGAACUUAUUCAGAGUGUGUAUACGUAGCCGCAUCAGAGCACGACGGGUCCGAUGGCAGUGCCGGGGGCUUCGACGGGGCCUAUGGCAGUGCCGGGGGCGCCUACGGGGCCUAUUCUAGUGCCGGGGGGCCCGGUGGUGAUAUCUGGGUCAGAUUCGCCGGAGCCCGAGUACGAGGAGGCGGCGGACCUCUCCACCAGCAUCGCCAAGCUUCGCUGUCUGCUGCAGCGGGCGGAGACCAGUCCCAAAUUGUUCCACCGCACGGUGACGGGCGUGUUCAACUCCAUAAGGACAGCGGUGGGCGCGGAGGGGGAGCUCGCCCCGCGCGUGACGCACGACUGGACCUACGUCACAACAUCCAUAGAGCUCAGCGUGAGUCUCGCGCCUCGAUCAUAGACACUCGCGAAUGAUCUAAUUCAAUGUAUCCCUCAGCUUAUCAACUUUGGCUUAUCCACAAUAAACUAUCGUAGUAGUGACACGGAAAGACAGGAAAUAUGUAUAAACAAUAACGAUUCAAAUAUUUUGUCUUUGUAAUGAUAUCUCUUUUUUUUUGCAAAUACGCACUGGCCCGUAACGGUCCAAGAUGUUGUGUCGGUGAGCGUUGUCUAUGUGUCAUCUGUUAUAUAUUCUGUGUUAUUACGCCGUUACACAUACAUAGACAUAGUUGUCGCCUUUUGAGAAAGAAAAUUCGUGAUAUUUGGAUAGUGAUUAGCGCUGUGAUUCUGUAGAAAUCCAAACUCGAAUUCAGUCGAAUUGAUUCCCAUUUUUUGUAUAAAAAUACAAAACAAAAUUGAUUGAAUAUACGUUUCUCAGAUAUUCUAUUGGUAUACCAUUCCGAAACUCACUUCACUUACGCCACGAAACGUUAUUACCAAUUCAAGGUUGAGCGGAUGUCGCUUUUUGAAGUGAAUUCGAACACCUGAAUGAAUUCGGAUUCGGCUUUGGAUUUUUACAGAAUCGCAGGGCAGAAACCAUGCCUGGUGGCGAUGUCGAGUGCUUAACAUGUGCGUCUGCAUAACGACCUCUUUCGCACUUUUAUCGUUGACUACGAAACCUGUUUCAUCGAUUCAAUUUACGCAGCUGUUUCAUCGAUUCAAUAGACUAAACAACCCUGUAUUCAAACACUGGAUUUCUGUUCACCGGAGCGGAAACCUCAAAUAA